UACGACUUCGGCUCGUUCAGCUGACGAUUUUGUCAAGUAUAUCCAAAAAGUUCAAGGUGGUAAAGUAUUUUUGUGCUGCAACUUUUCUGUUUAUUUUGUGCAUAGGUGUAGGAAGCAAUCCCAGUGUCUUGGUGCUCAUCCCUCCGGGCUUGAACUAUGCUAGAUUCCACCGAGUUCUGAAGUAGAGAUCCAGGGAAACCUUCAGAGUCACCAUGGUCCUGCCCAAUACCACAGAAUUGACGGAUUUCUCUCCGAAUCCAGUGAAUAUUGCUGCCCUGGGGAAUGAUGAAGUCAUCUUCACCAUGGACAACCUCUAUCCUGCCCUCCUGCAGUGCUUUGCCAUCAUCAUCUGCGGCUACAUGGCGGGACGCCUCAAUAUUAUCUCAAAUGCCGAAUCAAAGGGUCUCAAUACAUUCGUUGGGACUUUUGCACUACCAUCGUUGAUUUUCCUGUCACUAGCUGAGCUUGAGUGGCGAACAGUUAAUUGGAAUUUCCUCCUUUCAAUUCUCAUCUCUAAGGCCAUUGUCUUCUUUGCCGUGGCCGCAGUUUCAUUGCUCGUGGUGCGUCCGUUGAAUUUGGGACGUGCAGGAUUGCUGGCGAUCUUCUGCACGCAGAGCAAUGAUUUUGCCAUUGGCUAUCCCAUUGUUGUGGCCCUUUAUGAGAAGAUUCAUCCCGAAUAUGCUGCCUAUCUCUACCUUGUGGCGCCUAUUUCACUGGCAAUUCUCAAUCCCAUCGGUUUGGUCAUGAUGCAAAUCUCAAAUAUGCGAAUGAGACGGCGGGAAUCGCUGGAGGAGCAACCAAUUAGACCCGUUGGAUGCCCAAGGGUUGAAGAAGCAACUGGGAAUCGCUUCUUUCGGGGCAGGAUCCUCGUUGUGGCGAAAUUCAUUGAAUCUGUCUUCUUCAAUCCAAUUUUAUUGAUGACAGUCUUGGGUGUUGUGGGUGGAAUGGCGUUCCCAAAUGGUGUUCCAGACCUCCUAAUGGGCAUCCUGAAGGUGCUGGGAAAUUCAUUCUCAGCCACAGCACUUUUCCUCCUUGGACUACGAAUGGUGGGGAAGGCGCAUAAGCUCCAGGGGCCUGGAUUUCUCAUUCCCGGAAUCCUUAUUCUCGUUAAAUUACUCGUCCUGCCCAUUGUAAUCCGUCAGACGGUCAAUAUCAUGGAUGCUGGAGCAAAUUUCACAGAUACAACGGAUUUGGGAACUUUUGGCUUUCUCUAUGGGACUUUCCCAGCAGCUCCGGGAGUUUUUGUGAUUGCCUCGCAGUAUAAUACGGAAGUGGACUUGGUGGCCAGCAGUAUGGUGGCUUGUACGUUUAUUAGUGCACCACUAAUGAUCAUUUCAGCCAAAAUGAUCACCCUGACCAAUUUGAGUCCAACAAAGUAUCUCAGUGAACUAGUCUUGGUGGCAUUCGACAUAAGUAUUUCAGCCAUAAUUGCUUGCUUAUGGCUCUUGUUGCUCUUCAGUGUGACCAAGAAGAUUCGUCGGAUGCCACACAAAAUCACCAGCUGCUUAGUAUUGUCCCAGUUAAUUGGCAGUGUUGGAGUCCUAAUGUGGUCUCUCUGGGAAACCUCCCCCAACUGGCUAAUGUACUUACAAUUCAGUCUCUUCACAAUUGGCACUUACAGCAGUCGCCUCUGGUGUGCCUGCCUGGCCGUCACGCUUCUCUUCCUACAAUGUCGCAGCCUGUGCUUUGUCCUCAAGCUCUGGCCUGUCUUUGUGGGCAUUGCAUGGGGUCUACCAACGCUCAUUGUAUCCUUUCUACUUAUUUUUGACUCCAACCACAUCAGACCGAGUGAAAGGAAGAACCCAAGCUUCCAGUACGGGAAUGCUCAGGCAGCCAUUGCGGUUUUUCUUCUUGUAAUGUGCUUCAUUGUAACUGUGGGCUGCCUUGUCCUUCAUCAGCGCUACAAGAAGCGUUUUGAGAAGUACAUGACGCUGUCGAAGGAGAUUUCAACGGGGGAGAAUCGAGAUGAGGAGGAUCUAUCGACGUCUACGAGUAAUUUGAUUCAGUCAGAAACGGAUUUAACAUCACGCGCGAGCUCCUUUGCGCAGGAUGGGGGGGAAAAUGAGCCGGAAAAUGAGGUGAGUGGGGGAAAUUGUCAUUCAAGUGAUGGAUGUUGCUCACAAUCCACCACAACAGUGCUGGAUAUUGAAGAUCUUGUCACGAGGCGUCUUGCGGAGCAACAGAAUGGGUUGUGUAGUGCUCAAUUUAAUUGCGCCGGGACGUCGAGGCAGUCCUGCCAGACGCUCAUUCAGCGAUAUCAGGAGAACACGAGGAGGGGCCUUGAGCCACUUGAAUUCGAUGAGAGUAUUGAUGAUCAUCAAACACUCAAGCACACGGUGCUCCUUAUUCUUCUCCUGUGCUCGAUGUUUGUGGGUCUGGCGCUGUCCAUUUGGACACUCGUCAUGGAGGGAAUGUCGGGAAUUUACGUAGAACUCUCCUUCCUCGAUGCAUUCCUGAACUUUGGGCAGAGUCUCAUUGUUUUGGCGUGCUUCAUCACCGACACGGGUGAUCUUCUCCUGCCAUUUGUGAAGUAUUGGCGCAAAAUAUGGUACGGAGCGAAUAUUGUGCAGCUCCCAGCGUGGAAUAGUUUGAGUGUGGAAACAAAGAAUGUCUGUGAGCAAUUCACAACGCAUCACUUGGAUAAUUGCCGAAAGACAAUUGCCCAGGAUAAGCGAUGGCGUAUCCGAACGUACCGCAGGGUAUUCUUUGGGAAUACCUUUGUAGAUUGGCUCGUGAAGGUUGGCCUGGCCCACGAUCGCAUUGAGGCCACAAAGUAUGGGCGGCACCUGGUGGAUGGUCGCAUUUUACGACACAUCAACAAUGUCUAUCAUUUUCACGACAAAAAUCUUCUCUACACCUUUUGCGAUCGUCUCUAGAUUGCGCGUGAUCACAUUUUUUUUAGAUGCAACUUCAUAACAAAAAAAUGUAUUUUUCUACACGUUUUUACAAUUUAUUCAUUUCAAUAAUGUUGUGAGUGAAUUACCGUGACACAGACGUGAUGACUCCGCACCAGCCAUUGUGGAGUGAUCACGCACAGAGGGGGGGUGCCUACGUAUGCAGACAAGUUACCAGAUGAGGCAGGAAGUUGCAAAAGUGCCAAAGAUACUUAGAGAAAAAUUCAUCUAAUUUUAUUAAAGUUUCUGUAGUUUAUUUUAGGCUUUGUAUUUUAUUUUGAAUAAAAACAGCUUCAAAACUA